AUGUCCCAAACCGUCCCACGCUCACUCCCUGCAAGAAUUAGGAUUCCACAGCUAAUAGGACUGGCCGUUGCAGUCACCGUCAUGUUGGUAUUAGUGUUUUCGACCCUGUCUGAUACACCUCCGAAAAAUAAUCCUAUUGAUAAAAAUACUACGUUAACAAAAAGAAAUAGAUGGACAUUUUCUAGGAUCGGUGGACUGGCAGGUUUGGUGAUAGCUGCAGCCGCAACUAUCGGUGCAGCAUGGGCACCGAUAUUAUGUGCAACUCCUGCAGCACCCGCAUGUUUCGCAUUAGCAAGUGGUGUGACUGCAGCGACAGCAGUUUCAACUGUAGUGGCUGGUUCAGCUGCCUUUACAGAUAAAAUCAAGCGUGAUCUUGGGUUUGUCGACGGUUCUGUUGCUAGCGCUAUUGUUGCCAGAUAUCAGAGUCAAUAUAUGUUGGAAAACACUACCCAACAUACUUAUCCGGUUGUGGACAGCGCUUAUCAAUUGAAUCAGUUAUAUAAACCGGAUAGUGUCUACGACCAAGUAGUUGAUAUAUUUGCCAGCGCUGGGUUGGGGGUACCACUACUAACUACAAAUGUAGUCUCAGGUCUGAGAAAGAGAUCAAAAGCGAAUGCAACAAUAGCUGUUCAUUGGUUCACAUCACUUGGAUUUCACACUGCAUCACAUUUACCACACUAUGAUGUUGUUUCAAUGGCACAAGAUAUUGCUGAACAAUACAAAUCCGGAUAUAAUGGGACCGAUCAAUAUCAGAGAUUAGGAACUAAUUUAGUGUCGAAAAGGCAACAGCGAUAUGAAGUCGAUUGGGUUUCAUAUAAUGUCGACAAUGAGAAUUCCAACUUGGAAAAGGAGGUAUGGGAUCUGUCGGAAGACCCUGGUGAUUGGGAAGUGGACAUUGCAAACACUCUUUACACUAACGAUUUGCAAAAUACAUGGAAAUGGUGUCUAACCGUAAUGGCUAGCGGUAAUUCGGAUUAUAACUCUUUUGGGGAGGCCGAUGCUACCCAUGGCGAAGCUUAUACUAACCAGUACGGUGGUAUCGAUAAUUAUUGUAACGAUAACAAAGGUGGGGCCCAAUGCGAAACAGAUCGAUGUCAAUAG